GAGGCCACGCCCCCAAUCGGAAGUGACGGAGACGAGCUAGCGCGUCGAAGCUACCUCUAUGGUUUUCCUCCCGUUCUUGAGUCGGGAGAUGGCCGCUGUGUAGUUACAACGGAGCUGAGUCCCGACAACCGUCCUUCGGCGUGUCAGGAAUUUAAAUUUAAAAUCUCAGAAUAUUCUCUCCAGAAGAAUUUUACACUAUCUCAAAGACUUCACAUUGACUGCUUCAUCCUGCAUAAAAUUUAAGGAGAAAGAAAUGGGUCGCUCCAAUUCUAGAUCCCAUUCUUCAAGAUCAAAGUCUAGAUCACAGUCUAGUUCUCGAUCAAGAUCAAGAUCCCACUCUAGAAAGAAGAGAUACAGUUCUAGGUCUCGUUCCAGGACGUAUUCAAGAUCUCGUAGUAGAGAUCGUAUUUAUUCUAGAGAUUAUCGCCGAGAUUACAGAAAUAAUAGAGGAAUGAGACGACCUUAUGGGUAUAGAGGAAGGGGUAGAGGGUAUUAUCAAGGAGGAGGAGGUAGAUAUCAUCGAGGUGGUUACAGACCUGUCUGGAAUAGAAGACACUCUAGGAGCCCUCGACGAGGCCGUUCACGUUCCAGGAGUCCAAAAAGAAGAUCUGUUUCUUCUCAAAGAUCCCGAAGCAGAUCUCGACGGUCAUAUAGAUCCUCUCGGUCUCCAAGAUCAUCCUCUUCUCGUUCUUCAUCCCCAUAUAGCAAAUCUCCUGUCUCUAAAAGACGAGGGUCUCAGGAAAAGCAAACCAAAAAAGCUGAAGGGGAGCCCCAAGAAGAGAGUCCUUUGAAAAGUAAAUCACAGGAGGAACCGAAAGAUACCUUUGAACAUGACCCAUCUGAAUCUAUUGAUGAGUUUAAUAAAUCAUCAGCCACUUCUGGUGAUAUCUGGCCUGGCCUUUCAGCUUAUGAUAAUAGUCCCAGAUCACCCCAUAGUCCUUCACCAAUUGCUACCCCACCUAGUCAGAGUUCAUCUUGUUCUGAUGCGCCCAUGCUCAGUACAGUCCACUCUGCAAAAAACACCCCUUCUCAGCAUUCACAUUCCAUUCAACAUAGUCCUGAAAGAUCUGGGUCAGGUUCUGUUGGAAAUGGAUCUAGUCGAUACAGUCCUUCUCAGAAUAGUCCGAUUCAUCACAUCCCUUCACGAAGAAGCCCUGCAAAGACAAUCACACCACAGAAUGCUGCAAGAGAUGAAGCUAGGGGACGUUCCUCAUUUUAUCCAGAUGGGGGAGAUCAGGAAACUGCAAAGACAGGAAAAUUCUUAAAAAGGUUCACAGAUGAAGAGUCUAGAGUAUUCCUGCUUGAUAGGGGUAAUACCAGGGAUAAAGAGGCUCCAAAGGAGAAAGGAUCAGAGAAAGGGAGGGCAGAGGGAGAGUGGGAAGAUCAGGAAGUUUUAGAUUAUUUCAGCGAUAAAGAGUCUGGAAAACAAAAGUUUAAUGAUUCAGAAGGGGAUGACACAGAGGAGACAGAGGAUUAUAGACAAUUCAGGAAAUCAGUUCUUGCAGAUCAGGGUAAAAAUUUUGCUACCACAUCUCACCGGAAUACUGAGGAGGAAGGACCCAAGUACAAGUCCAAAGUUUCACUGAAAGGAAAUAGAGAAAGUGAUGGAUUUAGAGAAGAAAAAAAUUAUAAGCUUAAAGAGACUGGAUAUGUAGUGGAAAGGCCUAGCACUACAAAAGAUAAGCACAAGGAAGACGACAAAAAUUCUGAGAGAAUAACAGUAAAGAAAGAAACUCAGUCACCUGAGCAGGUAAAGUCUGAAAAGCUCAAAGACCUCUUUGAUUACAGUCCCCCUCUACACAAGAAUGUGGAUGCUCGAGAAAAGUCUACCUUCAGAGAGGAGAGCCCACUUAGGAUCAAAAUGAUAGCCAGUGAUUCUCAUCGUCCUGAAGUCAAACUCAAAAUGGCGCCCGUUCCUCUUGAUGAUUCUAACAGACCUGCUUCCUUGACUAAAGACAGGCUACUUGCUAGUACACUUGUCCAUUCUGUCAAGAAGGAGCAAGAAUUCCGAUCCAUCUUUGACCACAUUAAGUUGCCACAGGCCAGCAAAAGCACGUCAGAGUCAUUUAUUCAACACAUUGUAUCCUUGGUUCAUCAUGUUAAAGAGCAAUACUUCAAAUCACCUGCAAUGACCCUAAACGAGAGGUUCACUUCAUAUCAGAAAGCCACUGAAGAACAUAGUACCCGGCAAAAGAGCCCUGAGAUUCACAGGAGAAUUGACAUCUCUCCAAGUGCCCUGAGGAAGCAUACCCGUUUAGCAGGGGAGGAGAGAGUUUUUAAAGAAGAUAAUCAAAAGGGAGAUAAAAAAUUAAGGUGUGAUUCUGCUGACCUUCGGCAUGACAUUGAUCGUCGGAGAAAAGAAAGAAGUAAAGAACGUGGGGAUUCCAAGGGCUCCAGGGAAUCCAGUGGAUCAAGAAAGCAGGAAAAACCUCCAAAAGAUUACAAGGAAUACAAAUCUUAUAAAGAUGACAGUAAACAUAAAAGUAGAGAGCAAGAUCAUUCUCGAUCUUCAUCAUCUUCAGCAUCACCUUCUUCUCCCAGUUCUCGUGAAGAAAAGGAGAGUAAGAAGGAACGAGAAGAAGAAUUUAAAACUCACCAUGAGCUGAAAGAAUACUCAGGCUUUGCAGGAGUUAGCCGACCACGAGGAACUUUUUUUCGAAUUAGAGGCAGAGGAAGAGCCAGAGGAGUUUUUGCUGGGACAAAUACUGGUCCAAACAACUCAAAUACUACUUUUCAAAAGAGACCGAAGGAAGAGGAAUGGGAUCCAGAAUAUACCCCAAAGAGCAAGAAGUACUUCUUGCAUGAUGACAGAGAUGAUGGUGUGGAUUAUUGGGCCAAAAGAGGAAGAGGUCGCGGUACUUUCCAACGUGGCAGAGGGCGCUUUAACUUCAAGAAAUCAGGUAGCAGUCCAAAAUGGACUCAUGACAAAUACCAAGGGGACGGGAUUGUUGAAGAUGAAGAAGAGACUAUGGAAAAUAAUGAAGAAAAGAAGGACAGACGCAAAGAAGAAAAGGAAUAGUAAAUCUGAAGUGAGAUUGCUACAGAGAGCAGAACUUGCACCCACCUUUUUUUUUUUUUUUACCUGAUUUUUGUUUUCAAAUAAGAAUGUAAGCAUUUUACUUAAAUUUUACUGUUUGCAAGUAGCCUAUAGAAAUUUUGUUUUAAGUCCUCAAAUAUCUUUAAAAUAGUAGAUUGUAUGUUGAAAAUUGUACUGAAAUAAAGUAGAAAAUUGUUACGUACCAUAUUUGUAACUAUCAACUUUUAAAAAAAUUCUUUUACUGUUUUUGUUACAUGCAAUGUAAUUCUGCUUUGUCUAUAAGAUAUGGUCAAGUACAGCUUUGUGAAAGUUCUGAUUCUCUUCCUCUUCCCUCCCUGUUUGUUAAUGUUUAUUCUGAAGUAAGCGUUAGCUCUACAUACAAAUCCCUGAAGAGAAGUUGUUUAUAGAGACCACACUAAUUAUUUUAACUGUAUACAUCUGUGACAUUUUCUUUAAUUCAAACACACUACAUUGUAGGGUGACUAAUUUUUGAAGUAUAAAAAAGCAAAAGGUUGUUACUUUGGUAAAUAAACUAAGCUAGUUUAACAUUUCAGCAAAUGUUUAAGAGGGAAAAAAUUUUUUUUGUCAAUAGCUAAAACAGUAUGAGCUACUAAAAGUUCGAUUGAAAUGUUUGAGAAUUUUUUUUUUUUUCAAUAUUGAAAGCAAGCAUUGACUUAUAUAAACCAUUCUUGCAAGCCUUUACUAUUUGGGUUCAAAAUUCAGUGUUCUUUUUCUAUUCUAAAGUUUGAGUCAUGGUCUUAGGUAUAGGUAUCCAGCUAGGUAUCAGCUAUUCAUUGUGAGGAAAUUGGUUUCGAAAAUCCCAUUCCUUCUGAAUGUCUUAAAUAAAAAACAAUAAGACCUGUAAUCCUGAUGUUAGUAUGGAAGAGGAAUAUUCUACAGAAAAUCUUAGAUUAAAAGAAUGUACCUGAAUUCAUAUCUUACGUAUUUAUUGAGUUUUGCGUCAGCUAAAACAUUAGUUUGUAGUCUAACCAUAAGGGAAAAAAAGCUACCAAUGUACUGUUCAUUAGUAGUAUUUUAAGUAACUAUUUUUUGAUUUUCGAAGUCAUCAAUAAAGUUUUGUCAGGAAGUUUGUUGCAUCAUUGCUCGAACUUGGUUUUUAUUUUUUCCCUUGAUAUCAGUAGGAGUUUGUAAAAUGCCUUUUUUUCUUCCCAAGGUUUCUAUUAUUCAGGUAAACAGUCUUACCAAUGUGAAUUACCUUUGUGUUUAUGCUGAUAGCUCUUUAAGAAUGAAAAUUUGAAGUAGUAAAUUUCAAUGUUAAGUCUGUUCACAAAUAAUCAAAUUUCUUUGUUAACUCAGCAGUUGAAUUAGUUGUAUAUGUUUGCAUUAAAAGGAGAUAAUGCUUACUCUGUUAGUGUAAACUUUUUAAAGACCUUAUAUCUUUGGCUCUUUCAUUCUCACUUGAUUUGCAGUGCUUCUAUAGCACCUGAAUUGCAACCCAGGGGCAUUAAGCUAACAGUUGCUGGAGGGGAGAGGAGGGAGAAAGGAAAACAAUGUAUGAUGACUAUUGGCUCUAAGAUCUUUAGCGUUGCAUGAUUUCUUCUGUUAAUGUCUUUCCGAAAUUAUUUUUUAGAGCAGAGGAGAUAGUGUCAAAGCAAGUGUGUGUUGCAUUAAUCUAGACAAUAUUCUUCUGGUUAGAAAUAAUAUUUGAUUACACAUAAAAGCAACAUGCAUUUCAUCUCCGACUUAGGAGGAUUUUUUGGGAUCAUUUUGUUUCAUACAAUUAAAUUUAACCUUUAUUUUGGCAGUUACCUGGUUAGGUACUAAAUCUAUGCUAACUUAAUGUGCAGUUUUGCUUUUCUACUUAAGACAAUAGAAAGAAAGGAAUUUUUUGAGAAAUCACUUAAUGGGGAAUGGGAGUAGUUAGCUAAAUCCUAUCAGCAGGUUUUAAGUGCAAAUGCACUGCUUUAACCCAGAUACAUACAUGAUUUGAUUCCUUUUACUCUUUAACAAAAUUUAGGAAAGCCUGUCAUACUGGGACAUAACAGGAAGAGUGACUGUGAGAACUCUAAUAGAAUGCCAUUUGAAUGUUACCUUUUUUCAGAGCCAAGCAUAUAAAAAGUAGUCUGUGUAUUUUUAAACCACACCUUCACACUUCAUGACGUUAUAAAAGCUGAGUGGUUCCUCAUUAAGGGUAUUUAUUUACAAGUGCCAGAAAAAUCUUAAUUGAUUAUAUUAAAAGACUUGUGUAGAGGAGAAAAGUAAAAAUGAACCAAAGGAUAUUUUCAAAAAAUAUCCUUUUAAGAGUGUUUACGAAGGCCAUGACUCAGUCCUUAGAUGUGUAUACCUUUAGACAGUCCAGGGAUUUUAAUAUAAAAAGCAAAGUUAUUGUUUCCCCAUUACAGCCUUCUUUAAAGAGUUGUUAAUGUUUUCUUUUGUCACAGUUAAAAUCAGCAUUGGGGUUUAAAUUACAAUUUGAGAAAAAAUAUUACCCAAUAAGAAUGAAUGUAGAUGCCUAAACGAUUCUUACUCAGUGUGAUGUAUAAUGCAACAGGGACUCUUGUAAAUUGUCAUAUGCCAAUAAACUGUCAUAAGUGGUAAAGCUGUUGUUUGCUACAUGAUUUUU